AUGGCGUGUUUACGGAGCCGCAGUCCAUCCGCCACGCUCAAGAUGGUGACGUUUCCUGCGAGAAUCUAGCGCUUAGCGUCUCAGUUUACGCGAGAUUGCCGGCGCGUCGUGAUGGAGCCGGGCGGUGGCGGAGGUCCUGGAUUGUUAAUUGUCAACAACAAACAAAGGAGCGGGGAACUCGGGCUGACGACGCCGGCGACGCCAGGGGGAAAGGUUCGGGAGCCCAACCGCAAUCAACGCAAGGACUCGGAGGGAUAUUCGGAAUCACCAGAUUUUGAGUUUGAAUAUGCGGACACAGACAAGUGGGCUGCUGAGCUAUCAGAACUGUACAGUUACACAGAAGGUCCAGAAUUCCAGCUCAACAGAAAAUGCUUUGAGGAGGAUUUUAGACUGCAUGUGCUGGAUAAAAAAUGGACGGAGUUGGACACCAAUCAGCAUCGUACCCACGCUAUGCGGCUUCUUGAUGGCCUUGAGGUCACUGCUCGGGAGAAAAGACUUAGAGUAGCCCGAGCCAUCCUCUAUGUUGCACAAGGCACAUUUGAUGAGUGCAGUUCUGAAGCUGAAGUUCAGUCCUGGAUGCGAUACAACGUUUUCCUUCUACUUGAAGCUGGCACAUUCAAUGCUUUGGUGGAGCUUUUGAACAUGGAAAUUGAUAAUAGUGCUGCCUGCAGUAGUGCAGUGAGGAAGCCUGCCAUCUCCCUGGCUGACAGCACAGAUUUGAGGGUGCUGCUGAAUAUUAUGUACCUCAUUGUAGAGACUGUCCGUCAGGAAUGCGAAGGAGAUAAGCCAGAGUGGAAGACGAUGAGACAGACCUUUAGAGCAGAACUGGGGGCACCUCUGUAUAACAGUGAACCAUUUUCUGUGAUGCUAUUUGGGAUGGUGACCAAAUUCUGCAGCGGCCAUGCCCCACACUUCCCUAUGAAGAAGGUGUUGUUGUUGCUGUGGAAGACUGUACUGUGCACCCUUGGAGGAUUUGAGGAGCUUCAGGAUAUGAAAGCAGAGAAACGGGAGAUGUUGGGGCUCCCCCCACUUCCUGAGGAUAGCAUAAAAGUGAUCCGGAACAUGAGGGCUGCCUCUCCUCCAGCAUCUGCUUCUGAUUUGAUUGAGCAGCAGCAGAAACGGGGGCGUCGAGAGCACAAGGCUCUUAUUAAACAGGAUAACCUCGAUGCCUUUAAUGAGCGAGAUCCCUACAAAGCUGAUGACUCCCGUGAAGAGGAGGAGGAGAAUGAUGAUGACAAUAGUCUUGAGGGAGAGACGUUCCCUCUUGAAAGAGAUGAAGUGAUGCCCCCUCCUGUCCAGCACCCUCCAAUUGACCGGCUGACUUGCCCAAAAGGUUUACCUUGGGCGCCCAAGGUCAGAGAGAAAGACAUUGAGAUGUUUCUGGAAUCAAGUCGGAGCAAAUUCAUUGGCUACACCUUGGGGAGUGACACCAACACAGUAGUGGGGUUGCCCAGACCCAUUCACGAGAGUAUCAAAACUCUGAAGCUGCACAAGUAUACAUCUAUUGCAGAGAUUCAAGUUCAAAUGGAAGAGGAGUAUUUGCGUUCUCCCUUGUCAGGGGGGGAAGAGGAGGUUGAGCAAGUUCCUGCAGAAAUCUUAUACCAGGGUCUUCUUCCUAGCCUGCCCCAGUACAUGAUUGCCUUGCUGAAGAUUCUGUUGGCUGCAGCACCCACCUCCAAAGCCAAGACUGAUUCCAUUAACAUCCUAGCAGAUGUUUUGCCUGAGGAGAUGCCAACAACUGUGCUGCAGAGUAUGAAGCUAGGUGUUGAUGUUAAUAGGCACAAAGAGAUCAUUGUAAAGGCUAUUUCUGCUGUUCUGCUGCUGCUACUCAAACAUUUUAAGCUAAAUCAUGUCUAUCAGUUCGAAUACAUGGCCCAGCACCUGGUGUUUGCCAACUGUAUUCCACUUAUAUUGAAAUUCUUCAAUCAAAACAUCAUGUCAUAUAUCACUGCCAAGAACAGCAUCUCUGUUUUGGAUUACCCAUACUGUGUGGUUCAUGAGCUGCCUGAGCUGACUGCAGAGAGUCUGGAAGCUGGAGACAACAACCAGUUUUGCUGGCGAAACUUGUUUUCCUGCAUUAAUCUACUUAGGAUAUUGAAUAAAUUAACAAAGUGGAAGCACUCAAGGACCAUGAUGUUGGUGGUAUUCAAGUCUGCACCCAUUCUGAAACGAGCCCUAAAGGUGAAGCAAGCCAUGAUGCAGCUUUAUGUUUUGAAACUUCUCAAGGUGCAGACAAAGUAUUUGGGCAGACAGUGGAGGAAGAGCAACAUGAAGACCAUGUCAGCAAUCUACCAAAAAGUGCGGCACCGGCUCAAUGAUGACUGGGCUUAUGGCAAUGAUCUGGAUGCACGUCCAUGGGACUUCCAGGCUGAGGAGUGUGCUCUGCGGGCCAGCAUAGAGCGUUUCAACUCUAGGCGCUAUGACCGAGCUCAUAGCAAUCCUGAUUUUCUACCUGUGGAUAACUGUUUGCAGAGUGUUCUGGGCCAGCGUGUGGAGCUUCCUGAAGAUUUCCAAAUGAAUUAUGAUUUGUGGCUAGAAAGGGAAGUUUUUUCUAGACCCAUCUGUUGGGAGGAAUUGCUGCAAUGACGUUUGAUAAGAGGCAAAUGGAGCUAGUACUUGUUCCCAAGGACCAGGCUUCUCUUCAGUCAAUCAGGCAUAGAGAGAAGAUAAACUGGUUUUUCAUUGGCUUGUAAUCUGCAGUUCUUCCCUUCUCCUCCAGGUGGCAGCAUGGAUUUAUACUGCGUUGAAGGACCUGGCAAUAUGGCUUUCCCACAUCUUUUGGGCUGCUUCAGUUACUGAAUGGUUCAGAAGGUGCUAAAUGGAUUCAGAGUAAUUCACUUUGAGACCCAGAUUAAUUGAACAACACUGAGCAAAAUAUCAAUGUCAGCACCAAUGGCUGUUCAGUGCUCCUUGUCAGGCUUCUUUCCACUGACGUUGGCUAGCUAUUCUCUUCCAAAAGUAAGAUGGCAUCUUUUUCUGCUAUGGCUGCACCGUUAUCUCAAAAGGACAGACUGGAACCCUUUUCCUGUUAGCUUCUAGGAAAGACAGCAGCUUGAUGGUGGUGUCGAUGAAAGGAGAAAAGAUAGAUUUGUUCCUACUGAUACAGGAAAGGGGGAGAUCUGGAGUCCCAUCUAGUGCAUGUAUAAUUCAGAGAAUCAGGAAUUGGGAAUAGGAUGUGUUUAUAGCAGUGCCAGCAGUGCUCUCAUCUGGUAGAAGCAUUAUAAAUGGUUUGCCCCUGCUUGGGGAAGGCCACUUAAUUUAUAUCAAGGCUGUUGUCCCAUUUUGUUCCCCUAGUAGAGUCAAACCGUGUCUAAACAACUGCAAAUUAUAACACAGUGUAGUUGAAUAUUAUCUAUUUCUUUUCAUCAAGUAAUCUUCUGCUUUAGAAGCUGCACUAGAGGGGGAAGCUCUUAACAUUUUUCUGUUUUCACCAAUGUGCCAUCCUUUCCUCUUUCCUCUGCUAGGGAUAACUGAAUUUUAACAGUUUGUCAGCACAGAUGUGCACACCAGUGCAGUUCCCUUAAUCUGACUCCCUGCCAGGCCCCUUAUUUGUGCCUGUGCUUCUUGGUUAAGUGUGACAUAUUCAUUCCCAGUCUCCUCAAUCUGGAUGUUGCUGACCCAGCCAAAUAAUUCAUCCUAUGCUCCACUCCAGUCUAGUACUCGUAAACAGAAGAUGGUGGCAAGCCUGUAUCUGGACUUUCCCAAGGCAAAUAGCCCCCACAGCAGUCUGGAAUGGUACAGUCCAGACAAAGGUUUGCCACUUCCAUUGCUGUUUUGGAAGAACCUAGCUUCUGAGUCUCUGCAAACCAUUACAUGGAAUAAGGUGGAAGGCAUUUACUUUAAGUAAAUAAGUGGAUCUGUUCAUAAAGUAGAUGCUUUCAAUUCCCUAGGAGAUCUGCAUCUGGGUAUAGCCCAGGUGUAGGAAACCUUUGGGCCUCCAGAUGUUGCUGAACUACAACUCCCAUCAGUGCCAGCAAGCCUGGCUUAAUGGCGAGAGAUUAUGGGAGUUGUAGUUCAGCAACAUCUGGAAGGCCAAAGGUUCCCCACAGCUGGUGUAGCUUAUUGUAUUUAUAAACAUUGAAGAAUAAGCAAGUACAAUAGGUCAGCACCAAGUACUGCAGUAUGGUGGUAUUUUUUUCUGUUUUGUUUUUGCUUUGCUUUGUAGGCUGAUUAUGUACUUAAGCUACAAUUCUAAUGUUACUUAUUUGAAAGGUCUGGGGUACCAUUAAAAUGCUACUACAAAACCAUAGCAGUAGAUGGAACUGCUCCAGCACUUCACACUGAGCCUGGAUUACUUAAACCCAAACACUCCUGUAUGUUCAGUUUACAUCAUUGAAGUUGCAGAAUGUCUCCCAGGCAGAAAGCAGCAGGGACCAAAGCAUACCUGGUCAGUUUAGAAUAAGAAUCCAGUUUUAGUAAAGCAAAUGCAGUUUGAGCAAGCGCUACCAGGCAGACACUCCAAUAAUUGUGAUGGUGCUACAGAUGCGGUUCUAAGCUUCUUCAAGGUGUAUCAUACUGAGGCCAUGGGGCUCCCUCCAGUCUCUGCAUUUUUAACACAGUGUGAUGGUGAGAUGAUCAUGCAACAAAACCAUACGGUUGCAUAAAAGAAUGAACAAUCAUUAAAAACAACAAAAUAUCUUUCAUCUUACAGUGGCUGCUUAUGUGUAUGAUCCUGAGAUUUCUUUCUUGGAAAUAAGUCCAGACUGUUCUGCUCAGUGAACGUUGGGGACUUCAAAAGGGAGAAUAGAGGAUCUCUCCCUUCCUUGGGUGGGACCAGGUUAGUUGGAAUAUUGGUGCAAUCUAUUUCUUUUUGCUGUUGGGCUGGAGACUUUCGAAAAAUGGUAAGAAACGUUUCCAAUAGCUGUCUAGUAGGGAGCUAAUGGUAAUUGGACUUUCUCCCAGUUAUGGAGCAGUGUCUGAACAUGCUGAGGGCUACUGUCCCUAAUUAGGCCUUUGUAUCUGAGGUGCUUUUUCCCCCCUCUGGCCCUGCCUUAGUUGGGUGUGGCCACUCAGAUGGGUCUACUAGAGCUAAGUCAGAAGAGCUUCUCUGCUAGAGGUUAAGUGCUCCAGGUGCAAUCUAUUAGAAUGAACGUAGGACCUUAUGUAUCAACCCCAUCAGUUGCAAUAGAACAAGUUGCUGCUCUUCAGGAAAGAUCAGGCUGCCAUUCCUCCUGAUGGGGGAAAAGUGAGAUCUACCUCCUAUGAUCCUCACAGAUAAGUCAUCCAGAGGGGCUAAGUCGUACACUCUCUCUUCUCACUCCUUUGUCACAUGCCCUACCUCAUGAUAUCAUUUUUAUGUCUAAAGUCCUACAGCUAUUGCCAGGAAAGAGGUAUGCAAUACACUGAAGGGUACACCAUUCUGGUUUCUCCCUGCUACCCACCAUCUUCAGAGAGCCUGGUGGUGAAAUGGGUGGAUGUAUCACUUGACAGGUCCCGCUUACAGAUUACCUCCAUUUUGCCUCCCUGGGUUCAGUCAAUUUCAUGCUUGGCUUAGCUUUACCCCUCAGCUAGCUCAAUUUCUCUACAUUGUUUACAGGGAGAUAGAAUUGGGGGCAGGAGGCAGAGAAGACCAGGUUAGCCUUCCAGUGUUGAAUGGAAGUAUUUGGGGGUAGCCUGGUAGUGCCACUAGAUGGUGGUUAUGCUUGGCUGGCGGGUAUUGCAAAAUUCCUGUUCUUUGAUAUGUACAAAUUUAUUUUCUGAUAUGAGCAAGCAUGUGACCAGCUUUUUCCUUUCAGAGUGGUAUACUAUUGCUUUUUUAAAAUUGCUGUUAAAGUGAAAUCCUGAUAUUAAAUUAUUCUGUUAGCAGUUGCUGGUCUGUGACACAGCUGAUGGGGCCACUUGUAUGAUGAAUACAGACUGCAGCUUAGUCAUCUGCUUUCCCCUCUUCCCAUGAGUGCACUGAUGGCUGUGGAUAGAGGAAGGAUACUUGCAUUUUCCUUAGACAUUUUAAGCAAUAGGAGUUAUUGCUGCAGUAUUGAACUAGGAAUGCAUGCACCUAGGGUCCCUUCCUGCACAGUCACCUUGCAGUAGUAGACUUGUUUACUACUUAAAGUUGCAAAAGAAGACUCUUACCAGAUAAAGUAAUUGCAAGCUAUUUUGUUUACCUCAUCCUUCUCAUCCCUCAAAAAACCUCAGAAUACCUCACAAUAGAAAUAAUUUAAUACGGCAAUAAACAGUUUAAUACAUUCUUUGGUGAUCUCCCAUCUGUCUGAAAUGGGAUGGGGGGGAGGUCAGUUUUCUAGCAAAAUUGCUCUAAUAGUAUGCAGGCUGAGAUUUCUGCUGGGCCACUCAGACUAUAAUUUUCUUUGCUGAAAAAUAAGAGGAAUUUCAUACGUCUCUAGAUAAUAAGAAAUAGUGCCCCUUUCUGGCAAUGAGGCAGUGAGUUUAUUUUAUUCAUUAAUUGUGAAUACAGCCCACCUUUCUACAAAAUAUCUAAGGUAGUUUACAACCAGGAUACUAAUACACUAUUAAUGCCACAAGAAAGAGAAUGGGGCAGUAAAAUGGUGAGUGCAAUUCAAUGUAAGCAUGUUGGGGCAAAAAAAUCUUAAUAGGGACUGAACCGGUGGGGAAUAUGUAUAAUGUGGAGAAAGUAGAUGGAAGUUUUUGUCCCUCUAAAUACUAGAACCCAGAAUCAUGAAUGUAGCUGAAAGUUGUAAAAUUCAGGACAGACAAGAGAACUUCACCAACGCAUAAUUAAACUCCCAGAAGUUGUAGUGAUGGCCACCAAUUUGGAUGGCUUUAACAGAAUAUUAGAUAAA